CCAGCUGUGCUGGAGAACAGUCCUCAGUCCACUGCUGACACCCCAGCUGCUUGCAGAAAACACCCCAGCAGUCCGGGCGUCCACAGCAAUGAGUUGGUGGAGGGACCAUUUCUGGAUUAUCUUAGCUGUGGCCAUCAUCGUUGUCUCCUUGGUCCUGGGUCUCAUCCUGUACUGUGUCUUCAGGAGGCAGUGUAGACAAGGCAAGAAAUGGGCAAUUGCCAAGUCCUCGAAACAUAAUGGAAGAGAUGAAGAAAAGAUGUAUGAGAAUGUUGUUGAUCCAUCACCAGGGCAGUUACCUGCUCUGCCGCCCAGGAAUUUGUCUUUUCCAGGAGACCCUGUCCCACAGGAAGCGCCAAGCCAGCCACUGGCUUGGUACUCAUCAGUGAGGAAAGUUAGGAACAAGAAGGUCUUUUCCAUCUCGGGCUCCGAAAACGACUACGACGAUGUUGAGAUCCCAUCAAGCACAGAAAACCAGCACUCUAAAACAACCACGCCUUCCUGGCAAGCUGAGAGCGGCUUUCACAGCUCAUUUUAGAGUCAUCUAGAAGGGUUGGACUGUGUAGCACAGACACUUCCCAACCCCUAGAGGAAGCCACAUAUGUGAGCGCUUACAAGAGAGGACAAGGACGGCUCGACAUUCCCAGUGCUCCAGGUGUUCCUGCUGCUCCAAAGGUCCCGAUGCUCCAGAUGUUCCUGCUGCUCCAGAUGUUCCUGGUGUUUCUGAUACUCUAGAAGCUCUGGCCUAAGGCUCAGAGGGUCGAGCCCUUGCACUUCUGUGGAGGAAGGUUCCUUAGUGUGGACUACUGGGCCUGUGAGAAUCGGCUCAUCUCUCCACAUCCUUCUUCUGUUCCCCUGGUGAAUGUGGUUCUGAGGAAUCUUAAGUCUUGGUAUUUGUGUGGAGCCUCCCAGCUACCAUCACUAUCUAUCUAAGCCAUGGCAUAGGGAUGCCUGUCUCCCUCCUUGCAGGCCCCGCCCACUCCCGCACCUCUCAGAGGCUGUGGCUUGUCAUUCUAGCUGAGGGUUCUUGAGGUGCACAGGUCACCACACUCUGAGAGUCUGUAAGGAAAGGAAGUGCUUUCUGUUUUUGCAAAGCCACCCCACCCACUCACCCUCCAACCCCCAGCACCUGUGCAGAAUGUGGACCAAACACAUCAAAGAGAAUCGAGUUCUUACACAAGCUCAUUUCCUGUGCUUUUAGACAGCAUUUUAACAAUCAUCAGCAAAGGACACAGGUGGCCCUCUGACUUGCACCUCCGGCUGUCUUUUGCAGCGGGGUGUGCUGGCGGUGCCAGGAAAAGAAGGUUUCCCCAGGAAGAGUCUCAGACAGCACCAUCCAGCAGCAGCUUAUUCAAGAUGAGAGUCCGGGCCUUAGCAUCCCUUUUGAACUUUCAUUAUUACAUCUCUUAAUCCGUUUUGCUCUCUCUCACAUCCCUGCCUUUCCUGGGGUGCUACUAUCUCUUAUCUUCCUCUGGGCAUUCCCGAGUGAUGUCACCAGUAUCUACAGGGCUCACAGCCUCCUCUACCCUAACGACUUCCCAACUGCAGGCUCCAGUUGAGCACUCUCUUUACAGUUCCAGGCUGCACAGCCUGCAGGACACGUCCGUCCGUCUGAUCACCUCACGGGACCCUCAAGUCCAGCACAUUCCAAGGAGACCGGCUCCCAACCCCAAGCUUCUUGUGCUGGACAACUUUCUCCGUUGCUGAGGGCAGACAUGAGCCUCCUUUCUCUCGUCCUUCAUUGCCAACGUUCCCCGCCUCCGGCUGACUGUGCCUCAACCCGCUCAGUCUCCACCGCCACUCUGAGGUCAGCCAUGGCCAGCACUUCCCAAAGAGAACUUUAAGAGUCUCUAAUUGGUGUCCUGCCCCUGGCAUCUCACGCUCCAGAACACUGAUUGCGGCUGGUGAUCUUCUAAAGUGACCGACCGACCGAACAUUUCCUCCCAUUGCUUGGACUUUAUCAUGAGCCUCAGAAAGAGGCCAAACACUCUUACACAGCUUACAAGACCUGUCAGGAUUCUCUUAUUGGCUAACUUUUCACUCACCACCUCCCGGCAACCUCCACCCUGCCCGGUGUUUUCCCUCUAUCUGAAAGUGCCUUGGCUAUGGUCUCUCUUGCCCUGGCUAUGUGCGAUACCCCCCCCCUCUGGCAUCUUAGGCACCAUUCCAUCCUCAACGCCCAGCACUCGGGCACAGUGCCGUCCUCACUGUCCCAGAUGAAGUGGCUGCCUUCGCAGGGGAAACUUUCGCCUCCUAACUCUAGCAUCUGUAACGAUCUGCUCAGGUGUCUUUCGGUUCCAUUUGACCUGUUUCUAGCAUGCGGUGGGUGAUCAAUGAGUAUGUUGAAUGAUCUCCUGAAUGAAUGAAUGAAUUGAACUCCUGGCGCUCAUGGUUUUCCUUGGCCCUAUGGAAAGGUUUCUCUCUUUUACAUAAUUGGCCAGUUACGUUCUCUUCUCCCUCUCCUGGGGGCUUGUCGAGGUUUAAACAUAAAGUGCCCCCGGCACCAGCUCAUGGGUUGAAUAUUUGUUUCCCAGACGGGGGUGCUAUUUUAGGAGGGUCUGGAAACGUUAGGGGGUGAGGUCUAGCUGAAGGAAGUGGGUUGCCGGGGUGUGUUGUUAAGGGCUGUGUUCUGCCCUUGGGCCCCUCUCUUGUCGGUCUCUCUUGCUCCUUCUACUUCCCAGCUACCCUGUGGUGAAGAAGCCUCUCCCACAUGCCCCCAUGUCACGGUGUUCUGCCUCACAACAGGCCCAGAAACACAAGCCAGGUGACCCUGGACUCAACUCUCUAAAAUCAUGAACCAAAACUUUCUCCUUCAAGUUGGCCUCUCAACUUGGCAUCGGGGUCACAGUGAUGGGAAAGGACCAACCCAAGGCUCCUUAGGGUAGAACUCGCUAGGCUCAUUUCUGCUUUCCCGGUGUCUAAAGCAAAUCCUGUCACACAAAAGUCACUUAAUAAAUAUAUUUUUUGAAUGUUUUUUAACACAACGGGGAAAUGUAACAAACAGCUUAAUUGCCAACAAAAUAAAAUAAAAAUUUUG